CAAACCCCCCUUUCUCCUGUUCCCAUCGAGUAGUCUAUCACAUAGAAUCCAUCCUCGGAGGCACCCAUUCAUCAGAUUCUCCGCAGCGUGACCUCUCCAGCGACGGAAGCCAGUCCCUCGCCCUCGGAACGAUCUGCACUUUCGCAGCAUGGCGACUCGAGCUGCAAGCACAGGCGAGCGGCAACCACUGCUGUCUCAGGCACGACCCUCCGACGUCGAUGAGGUCAAUGGCGAUGGCAGGGGCCUGUACCACUCUGCAGAUGCUCGAGAUGAGCAGAGUCAGCCCUUACUGGGGAAUGGUCAAGCGCAUCAAGCUGAAGAGACAGGACAGGCUGAUCGGCCGCCUGCGACACCGCUUCCUAAGCUGCAGAUCUUCAUCGUGUGCAUCAUGAGGCUUUCCGAGCCUAUGUCAUUUCUGUUCAUCUUCCCCUUCAUCAAUGAGCAGCUACAUGAUGCCUUGCCAGAUGUGCCAGUCGCCGAGCUCGGGUACUACGUUGGUCUCAUCGAGUCUUGCUUUGCCAUCAUCCAAGUCUGCACGGUACUCUUCUGGGGACGACUCAGUGAUCGGAUCGGACGCAGACCUGUGCUACUCAUCGGCAUGGCUGGAACGGUUGUCUCAGUCAACGCGUUUGGUCUGGCCAAGUCCUUCCCGGCAAUGAUUGCCGCUCGAUGCAUCAGCGGCCUAUUCAAUGCUAAUGUCAGUGUACUCAAGUCUGUCCUUGGAGAAUUGACCGACUCGACCAACAAUGCUAGAGCUUUCUCCCUUCUGCCUAUCAUGUACGGGUGCGGAGCGAUCAUUGGUCCCUGGCUCGGCGGCAGCUUCUCACACCCAGUCGAGUCCUUCCCCUCCAUCUUCGGAGGAUCCUCUUUCCUCGCAAAGUACCCGUACUACCUCCCUUGCGGUAUGUCGUCGCUCUACAUCCUCUUCGCCAUGGUGAUCGGAUUCCUCUACCUUGAGGAAACGCUACCUUCCAAGAGACGGCAGCACAAGGUUCAUGCGCUGAGGCAAGAAGCCGAGACCACUGACGGUCAGACCGCUCGCCAAGAUACCGAAGAGGCUGAUGCAAUCGAACAGACGACCGAGGAAUCCAAGCCACCAUCUGUGAGGUCUCUUCUCACGACUCAGGUCCUCUCCAUCAUUACUACCCAGACGUUCCUCAAUCUUCAGAACAUUUGCUUUACGUCUCUCCUGCCACUCUUCUGUUUCGAGCAGGUCAAGUAUGGAGGUGUGGGAUUCGAGCGCUCGGAUAUCGGACACCUACUAGCUACGAAUGGUGUACUUGCCAUUAUUACACAGGCAGUCUUGUUUCCUUGGACGGAAAAAAGACUAGGUGGCCCCCUCAACGUGUACAGAGUAGCCCUCCUCCUCUACUUGCCUUCCUUCCUCGUCUUUCCCGUAGCCCAUGUAGUGGCGGAGCACUUUGGAUACAAGGCGACCUGGAUGACUUUCGCCGUGGGCAUUGCCUUCAAAGCCAUGUCUGGGAUGUCCAUCGUAUGUGCUACCCUCUUAGUCAAUAAUGUUGCCCCCUCUCGCAACUCUCUGGGCGCCCUCAAUGGCCUCAGCCAGACUUUCGGCAGCCUCAGUCGCGCCGUUGGCCCCACAAUGUCCACGAGCCUCUUUGCCUUUUCGACAACGCACAAAGGAUUUGGGCAGCUAGUAUGGGCGGUGAUGAUUGCCAUUGCCACGACGGCGUGGUUGUUGAGCUUCCGCAUUGCGCGAAGCGCUAAUAGACCUGCUUGGGCUGAUAGAUAGACUGGACACUGUGCUGUGAAGAGCAAGUAGACCAUGCUAGGUGGCAGUGGAUGCUCGGUCACGACACUGUAGAAUGUAGAUCAUCGACGUGUAAAUAGAUGGUGCGAUACAUUACUCGAGAGAAGCUGACUUGAAGUGAAAUGUAGAGCAC